UUCACCUCUCCAAAUUGGAAAAGGAGCGGGGGCGGUUUUUCGUUGGAUUUUGUUUUAAGUUUACUUUGAAGUGUUUCCGCUGUGUUAUGCUUCACUAAAAAAUGACCCCUACAAAUAAAUUAUGUUUACAUGCAGUUAUGGAUAUUCAGAUUGUUUACGACUCUUUUGUUGAUCAGGUUGAACUGUCCUGAGGCAGCCAUGCAAAGUCAACGAUUAGCUCGCCAACAUGCACCAACUGAACAUGAACGUUUAGUUUAUGAAGGAUGGAUCUUCUAUGACACCGGCCGUUGUGACGAAGGGCUUCGCAAAGCAGAGGAGUCUAUCAAAAUCAAUAGGUCUUUUGAGGCCUUCUUUCUUAAAGCCUAUGCACUCGGACUCUAGCCAGGAUCCGUCCUGUUCUUCGACUGUUGUUUCUCUGCUUCAAGAUGCUUUGAAGUGCCCGUCUGAUAGACUGCGAAAAGGCCAAGUAUGGUUUUAUUCCCCCCAUCUUAUCCCAAAUGAUUAUCCUGUGAGUUGCUGGAAUUUUUCAACCAAUUACAAGUCUAUUCAUGUCAUGCAGUAGAUUAAUAAGUAUUCGACUUGGUUUAUAUGCACAUAACACCUUAACAGAUUUAGAUCAAAGACUGUAUUAUGUUACUGCUGCUGAUAGAGGAGUAAUUUGCAUAUUGACAAAAUAUAUUCUCCGCCACAAAUCUUAGCACUGAAAGAAUUAGGCAGCAGUUAAUUCUCAAUUUUGUUUAGCAACUGCCAUGUUGGAGAAAAUUACUAAAUUAUUUAGGGAGGUGAAGUUUAUAUUUCUAAAUAUAAGAGCUAGCUUGACAAAAUGUAGGACAGCCAGCCUUAGUAAGUGAUUCAGAACUGUUAUUCUGUUACCUAAAUGUCAGCUUAAAUAAUAUCAAAUUCUGGAACAUUUUGGUUUGUUUGGUUCAAAUGAAUUUCAAAAAAUACUGUGGAAUUCAUUUGUAAAUUAAUAUAGCUAUGUUUGGUUUACUUAUAAAUUCAGUUAGCUACUCUAUAUUUUAAGUUUUCUAGAAUCGAUCAAUGUUUAAUAUAUCAAAUGAAACUAAAUGAAUUGUACUGUAGAAUUGACCAAACAACGGAUAAAGUUCAAAAUAUGACAUAACUAGGGAAAUGUAUGAGAGCAUCAACUGAAUGAGAUAUAUUGCUCGCCUUUAUGCUGUGUCCAAUAGUUCCGUGAAUCUUUGAGAGUAACAUAUUAGUCCACAAAUUUCAUUUUACUGGCACUUAACAACCUCGGAAGUGUCUAUGUAGACUCCAAGGAUUUAGACUCGGCAGCUGAUUGCUACAUUAACGCCCUUAAGAUCAGGCACACAAGAGCACACCAGGGUCUUUCUCGGGUCCAUUAUCUCAGAAAUGACAAGGCUGCUGCAUAUAAGGAAAUGCCUAAACUGGUUGAGAAUGCCCGGAAUAAUGCAUCUGCUUAUGAGAAAAGAUCUGAGUAUUGUGAUCGUGAACUUACAAAAGCAGAUUUAGAAAUGGUCACCAAGUUAGAUCCACUUCAUGUAUACCCUUACCGAUUUCGAGCUGCAGUGUUAAUGGAUGGUCACAAAGAAAAGGAAGCAAUUGCAGAACUAUCCAAGGCAAUUGCAUUUAAAGCAGAUCUUCACCUUCCACAUUUAAGAGCUGCUUUCUACGAGCAUGUCGGUGAUGCCACGGCAGCCCUACGCGACUGUCGAGCAGCUCUGUCUGUCGAUCCAAACCAUCAAGAAAUGCUGGAGCUUCACAGCCGCAUGAACAGACAUGAGCCCUGAAAACACUAAACAUACACUGGCAAACAAGUAAAAAAGAAAAUACAUGCUUCUUUUUUCAUUACCAUGUAUACAAAAUACCCUUCCCUCAUUUUCUUAGUUUAUGCUUUUCAAAUUUUUGUAAUUUAAUUUAAUCAAAUGUCAAAAAGCUUCCAUA